GUCCGUCAUAAAGGUUAGAACCUUUGUCCAAUCAACCCUCGGUAAUCCUUUCACUGGCUGAGCGGCUCAGCCAAUGGCGGGGGCCUCCAAUCGGGACGUGAGCCAAUAGGAAGAGCGACUCACGCAGGCACGUGGAUCUACACACACGUUGACGCUCGUAAACUACCAAGAGAAGCAGCUAGUUGAGACAGAGAUCGAUGAGCAGACCGGGCGGUGUGCGCGCGCGCGUGUGUGUGUGUUUGCAAAGAAUGGACUCGCUGAUGCUGUUCCAGCCACUAACCUCGUACUGACGGAUCUACCGAACCCAAACCAGACGCGAUAUUUUAUGCGUUGUUCACCGAGGCUCUCAUUAUCAUCUCACUUUACCGGCGUGAUGCAGUCUCAAGGAAGCACUUCCACCCAGCCCUCCUUCGAUUCCCUGAGUUCCAGCGACAGCCUCGUGCUCAGCGACUCGGAACAGAUGGAGGACGACACUGACGUCUUUUUGACGGACAGCUCUUCCUCCGUCACCAUCGGCGAAGUGGCAUCCAAAAAGGGGCUGGGAUCGAGGAGCCCCAGGUCACAAUGGCCAUACAGCGGCUUCCCAGGCGAGGAAGAGGAGUACAGGUCGCAGAAUGAUGGCAAAGGGGCAAACUUCAGCAUGCUCCACACAGAUGCUGCGAGCCAGAGACCCAAAUCAGAGGGAGAUCUGCUGUUUGCUCAGAAGUGUGCUGAGCUGCAGGGUUUUGUCAGGCCGCUUCUUGAGUUGCUGAAUGGGCUGAAGAGUGGCCGAUUCGACCAAGGUUUAAGCAGUUUCCAGCAGAGCGUCGCCAUGGAUCGCAUCCAGAGGAUUGUCGGGGUUUUGCAGAGACCAGACUGUGGGGAGAAGUACCUGAACACUUUGCUCCAGGUGGAGGUGAUGCUAAAGCUCUGGUUUCCCCAUAUCGCUGCUCAGCCUGUGUCUUCGUCCUCCAGUUUCUCCACUUCCCCCACUCACUCCCUCCAGGACACUUCCAGCUCCACUCCGCCACACAAACAUCGGGACCAGCUGCAUAUCCCCGUCAAGAAGCGCAGACUCAGCUGGACAGACACCGACUCCCCCAUGCCCUCUCCUGUACCUAUCAAGUGCCGUCGAAUCGGUGGAGAGGAGAGGAGGAAGAAGCACACUCAAGAUGAAAGAGAUCAGUCUGCUACUUCUCCACUGCUGGCUUCUGACGCAAACCUGAGUUUGCCAGAUGUGGUCUGCAGCAGACAGCUAAACAACGGCGCAAAGGGAAAUGACAGCGAGGCCGAGGAGCUAGACGAGCGCUCUAAGUACAAGACGACCCAGAGCUCCGAGCCCAGGCUGACGUGGGUCCACGUCGCUCCCAUCCCGUCCCCCCGAAAAACAUGCAUCUCGCACGAGGCCAUAAAGACGGAAGGUGUCGGCGAAAUCGUUCUCACAGCAGGGAGCAGGGGCAGUCCAGCUAUGCAAGACUGCUCCAUCUCGUCCACCACGCCCUCUAAGAACCCAAAAAAUCAGAAGAAACCAACACAGUGCCAAAGCCAGCCCGUUGCUGCCGGACAACAAGGUGAGACAGAGAGCAGUGGGACAUGUCAAGGUCAAAACCAGCCCCCUCUUGUCUCGCUGAAGCCUCUGGCUCGGGUAUGCCCCUCCACCGUGGAGACCUGACACACAGAGAGAGCAAAAAGCCAGCAGCCUCGCUCUCCUUAAACCACCUGAGGCAUAAAGCUGCUGCAACACAAAGAAAGGGAUGAAAGUGUUGUUUAUUAAUGCAUUUCAACAGGAGGAGAAUAGCAGUUAGAGGAGAUGGAUAUAAACAAUAAAUUGCUAUGGGUAAAGUUGAAGGGACUGGGAAAUUUUUGAAGUGAAGUUCUGAUCAGGCAUUAUAAGCACUAAGUGUCUUACAUGGGUUUCGUUUAAUAUAAAUUUAAAUAGUUUAAAAGCAGACCCAUGCUGAUGUCAUACUGGUUUAUUGCAACACUACCUAAUCAAUAUUUGAACUGUUUUAUGGUUAUUUACACAGAAAAUAGCAAUGAUUUACAUAACAGUUGGUAGUUGGAGGAAACUUGUCAGACAUGGUCUUCCUCUGUGAAACGCAUACUGACAGCAGAACGUGUGAAGCACGUAUCAAACUCAAGACUCACCAUUGUGUAAUUUUAAGAAACGCUUAGUGAAUGCUGAAACAAACUGCUAUUUAUCGAUAUUUUAACAGUUGAGUUGAUUUUAUCAAUACAUUCUGGCACAACCGGCCCUUUAAGAACAUUCAAAUUGUUCAUUUUGAUAUGGCCCAAAAAAGAAAAUGAAUUUGGCACCUCUGGUGUGAAGUGUUCCUGGUUGGAGUAACUAUGUGGUAAGAAAAAGGUUGAAGUGAAUAGCAGUAUACUAUUUUAGUAGGAAAAAUGCUUCCCUUGUUCAGUUCCCACAGGAAGUUUCACACGGGAAGAUCACUGGCGGCAGAGCGCCUCCCACCUCCAUCGCCUCUAUGAGUAAUCAUUGGAUUUUGUGUAAAUAACCAACAAAUCCAAAUGACUAAAGGCUCACAAAAUGGCGUGUAGAUACUCUGCUCUAGUGUUUUUGACACUGGACUUGUUUUACAACUGUAGAAGUCCAGGCCCAACUAUCCCAAAUUUACACGAGAUCAAGAAGGUUAUCCACCAAUGGUAAGACAACCUUUAACAGAAGCUCACUUAAAAAUAUCCAAACUAUCCCUUUGAACUUUGUUUUUUAAAUACACAAUAUGGAAUAUAAUGUGUGAUAUAUAUAUAUGAAAAAAAACUAUUGAUAAAGUAAUGUUCUUAAUUAACAUGCACUAAAAGAGGUUAUGAUUAAAAAGACUAGAAUACACCUAAAGAUCAGGAAUACAGGCAUAAAGAUGGUCGAUGGAGACUAACGAGUUCCAGGAAGCAAUUAAGAGAAUAACUUCAUAGCAUGAAAGCAAUCAAUAUAUUCAGAGAUGGCUGUUUUCGCACAACUUUAACUUAAACUUGAAACUUUACAAACUUUGGAGUCUGAUGUCAGUAUUUAACAUAAAAUCCUAGAAAGCUAUGAUUCCAAUCUAAUAUUUGUGUUAUGACAGGAAGUCCUGAUUGAUUUUACAACUAACUGUAGUUGGGACAGGAGAAAAAUAAGUGUGAAGAGAGUCAAGCCAAGUCCUGUGGCUUUUACGGUGAAAAAUACAGAACUGACUAAUUAAUAUGCUGUCUAUGUGGUGUGUUGGAGUCUGCGAAGAAGGCGGAAAACAAACAUCCAACAUCCCACGAAUGUAUUCUAAAAUGUUUGGACUCUUCACAUCCAGAGGAGCGACGCCGUAGCAACGACCCGUCUUGCUGUGAAUCAGGCGCCGCCGCCCGGUGUCUGUCUGCAAACUGACCGGCAAUCAGGGUCAAGAAAGACUUUUUUUUUUUUUUUUUAAUGACCAGCCUGAAAAAAACAAACAGGAAAAACAGCAACCACUCAGACAUAAGACUCUAGUUUCACUGUUAAUUUAUUCACAUUUCAAUCAGACACUGCAGCUAUUUAUUAUUGUUCAUAUUUAUUUAUUGGGCAGCUGAUUAUCGCCUGCUGUGCAUUUCGCAUAGUCUGGCCCACAGUUUCCUUUUCGAGGGUUUUCGAUACUUUUGACAUUUCAUGUGUUUUUUACAACUAUCAUGAGGAGGAAAAAGGAGGCAGAUAAAAUAUUUCGACUGGACUAAUGGACUACUGUGCCUUUUUGCCAAUGUGUUUGAAAAAGAUCUUUGUGCUUUCAGUGCAUUUUGAUUGUUUGCAUUUCACAAAACCAAUAGCACAUUCAAUCAAGGAAAGCCAACAUGUAGUCUGUACAUCUUAAAAAUGCACCAAUGCAUUAAAACCAACAACAUAAAAGACAACUAAA